AUGACCGUUUGGCUUCAAAUAUCCCUCGCGGUCGUUAUGUUUCUAACAACUGCCAUCGCCGGCUUCAUUCCACUGAAGCUUUUGCGAUUUCUUGACAAACGACAUGGAGAUAACAAGACCCAUGGUAGAUGGCUCUCCAUGCUUUCGUGCUUCUCGGGCGGUGUGUUCAUGGGAACGUGCUUCCUCGACAUCAUACCGCAUAUAAAGUCAGUCUAA